UAAACAGACGUAUAUUUUUUUUUAACAUAAACAAAAAAUUAAGAAUUCAUAAAUUAUUUACCGAAUCAUCAAAAAAAAACAGGCAUCACACCUGCAAGGUUUUGCAAAUAUGAUGCCUGGUUUUUCUCCCAACGAGAUGGACUCUGAUGCAGUGGAGGAGGAGGCAUCAACUUCACAGCAAGCAACGACUGCAAUAUUUACCAACAAUGCAACAGCGACAACAAGCAUAAAUGCCACCAAGAGACAACGGCUCGAAACCACCGUAGAUUUGAAGGACUUGGAGUCCUCUGAAUUAAGGGAAAGAUUAAAAAAACACAAGCAGAUGGACGACAAUCAAUUUGGUAUACUUGGGGUUCUUACCCAGGUUGAUUUUGCCUCCGUAUCUGCUCCAUCAACUCAAGCCACACAGGCUGCCAAAGGCAACAACAACAAUAGCAACAAUGACAAUGCACCAAAAUUAAAAUGGUGCCCACCAAUAUUCCUUUUUAAUGUGAAUGUCAAAGCUCUAGUUGACUCCUUAAGAGAUACAAUUGGGACAUCUGCUUUUAAGGAAUUUUGAUGGAUUUAUCCUUGGAGGUGAUCUAAACUCAAAAAGUCCUGUCUGGGGUGAUACACUGGAAAAUAUGAAUGGUAAAACAAUGAGAAAAUGGCUUGAAGACAACAUGCUUGAUGUCACCCGAAUUUGUGAUUCUUCUCCAUCAUUUCCAAACGGUUCUUCAUUCUUGGACCAUUUCCUCAUCAGUCCGCACCUGUUAAAUGAUACUCUUCCAAAUUUUGAAGUUGCAUCCUUGUCAUCCUUCUCAGACCAUUUUCCAAUUAAA